ACCAUUGCUAAGUAUGGUAUGUCUAUGUGUGUGCUUGGAAUGGCAGAAGAAUUUAAAGGUGAAAUUGCUGUGAAUGCCUUGUGGCCCAGAACAGCCAUACACACAGCUGCGAUGGACAUGCUGGGAGGGUCUGGGGUCGAAAACCAAUGUAGGAAAGUUGACAUCAUUGCAGAUGCUGCAUACUCCAUCUUCAAAAAGCCAAAAACUUUUACUGGCAACUUUAUCAUUGAUGAAAAUAUCUUAAAAGAAGAAGGAAUAAAAAAUUUUGAUGUCUACGCAAUCACACCAGGUUAUCCUUUGUUACCUGAUUUCUUCUUAGAUGAACACCCAGAUGUAGUGAUGAAGAAAAAGGAAUCACAUAGUAAGAUCUAGACCAUAUUUUAUGUAGAAAAUGCAGAUAUUAAACUGAUGUAUUUCCUUCAAAACACAGAAUGAUCCUACACCAGUGACAGUUCUGCCCUGUGCCUCUAAACCAUUUUGUAAUUU